CCGCGCCCGCCGCCGGGCUGCCCGUGCGCUGCCUGCGCCGAGCGCCGGCCCGGAGUGCUCCGUGUCCCGGUGCCCCGUGCGAGGCCCCGUGCGAGGCCCCCCGGCUGGGCGCUAUGGCUGCCGCCAACGGCUACGGGUCCGGGCGCGACGGCGCGCAGGAAAAGUUGCAUCCAAGAAACCUUAUCCCAGAACUUUGCAGACUGUUUUAUGAUUUAGGCUUAACAGGAACUGGUGGAGGAAUCAGCUUGAAACAUGGGAAUGAAAUCUACAUUGCUCCUUCAGGAGUCCAGAAGGAAAGAAUACAGCCAGAAGAUAUGUUUGUUUGUGACAUGAAUGAGCAGGACAUCAGUAGUCCCCCACCACACAAGAAACUAAAGAAAAGCCAGUGCACACCUUUUAUGAAUGCCUACACUAUGAGAGGAGCAGGCGCAGUGAUCCAUACUCACUCCAAGGCUGCUGUUAUGGCUACCCUUCUUUACCGAGGGAGUGAGUUCAUUAUUACCCAUCAGGAGAUGAUAAAAGGAAUACAGAAGUGUACUUCAGGAGGCUAUUACCGAUAUGAUGAUACACUAGUGGUUCCCAUUAUUGAGAAUACACCAGAAGAGAAGGAUCUCAAAGAAAGAAUGGCAAAAGCAAUGGAAAAAUACCCAGAUUCUUGCGCUGUAUUGGUCAGACGUCAUGGAGUUUAUGUAUGGGGAGAAACAUGGGAAAAAGCCAAAACAAUGUGUGAGUGUUACGAUUACCUAUUUGACAUCGCAGUGCAAAUGAAACAGCAUGGACUAGAUCCUUCAAAACAUCCAGCAGAAGAAAAUGGGAUCUUGUAAAUGACAAUAUUCAGCUAUCUUCUUACGUGGGAGUUCCAGAUUCCACGCCUCACCCUGUUGAAACCAGAAGGGGGUGCUGUUAUACUCAGUUGAUUGACAGAUGUUAGCAGUCAGUUUCGACUAUCAAACACAUCAAAGAAGAAAAGCAGAGUUAAAACAGAGAUCCUGGACAAUUACUGCUAUUCAUGAGUGCUAUCAAAAGCUACAGUAGAAGGAAUGAAAAUUCAGAUGCAAAAAAAGAGUGAAAAAAGCUACAGAGAACUAAUGUGACAUUUUGUUUGUAUGCUUUUUGUAUUCCAACAAAUACGCGUUUGCUGAUCCUGCUCUACUGCUACGUCAUUUAACUUUUUCUAGAUCUUCAUUUCUGAAAGAUAAAGUAGUCCUUAUUCUUGGGAAAAAUGUGGGGACCCCCCUUAAUUUAAAACGUUAGGUAUGAAUUUUAAAGGAUUGUUUGAACUGUUGUUUCAUUUAUGCUAUGUUAAUAGGAUUUCUGUGAAAUUAAGCCUGUAGCAUAUGUAUUUUCAAAUCAUAUUUUGUCAUUAUAAUGAGUAGGAAACUCUUAAUUUUAUAGCAUGCAUUGUGAAUUUGAGAUUGCUCUGGGUCUUGUCUGUUUUUUUUUUUUUUACCUCUUACAAUUCUUUCACUUUCAACGUGAUUUUGUUUAAAACUAUUACAACUGUAAAAUAUUUUUGUUCUGAACAAUGAUUAUCCAGCCUAAGGUAGGCUUAAUCAAACAGCUCAUUAAUAGUCUCACAUAUUUAUGUAUCUUAGUGUCUCAUUUCAAAAUCUCCUGGAAUAGCCCCCAGUGUCAUCAAUCUAAGCCAUGAUUGACCAACUUUCUGACUGAGCAUUGAGACUCUUCUCCCAGGGAAGAACACCGAUCGACCAGCUUACACUGCCAGAAGGGAGAGGUCUUGUUUUCCCUCUUGUUUUCUGCUAGGGGCCAUGCAUUCCCACCACUUCCCUUGCAUCAUCUCUGGCACUUGUUUGAGCUUCUGUGAGGCGAAUUAACUCAUUAACCUAAGAGAAAACUACUGCAGGGGGUAAAAAGAAAAUAAUUAUAUUUUUCCUAAUCAGCCACUUAGAAUGUUAGAUCAACUUAGAGGUGGGUCCAGAGUACCAGAGCUGUGGCAAAAGAGAUAGCUAACAUCAGAGAUGGAGAAGACAUUCCCAUAUUUGAUGGGGAUGACUGUUCAAACUUAAUCAGCUACUUCUGGAAAGGUGUUUUACUAAACGAAGAAGUCAGGAAGAACUUUUUUUUCCCACCUAUUAAAAAGCAUUGACUUUUUGUAGUUAUGUACAUCAGACUACCGAUCACAUCACAACAUAAGCUGUUGGUCUCUCAUGUUACUGGUGAUUGUUUUAUGCUGACCUUGCACCAAAAAAAAUAAGCCAUCCUGUUUUGGCUUGGUGGAUAUUUGUGUGCCCACUUAAGUCUUUCACUGGGCUCCAACAAAACUCUUUUUCAGUAAGGCAUCUUGCUAUAAGUGAAGUACCUACUGACCAGAGCCAACCCAGGUUGGGCAACAGCUGUUUUUCUAAAGCAAUAAAAUGUGGUUACCUGUGCCAUGACAGCCUGGUGCAGCCAACAGAGUUGUUGCUGCUAUGUCAGCAACCAAAUGCGUUGUAUCUCCACAUCCUCGUGGCAACUAUAGCCUGUCUUUCUGUGCCAGGCACAAGACAGCAUGUUCAACAUCUGCUGCUACCAGACAAGACCAGCUAUCAAAGAAGGAAUCAAGACAUCAAGUGAUGAAGAUUUACCAUUUGACAGGACCGAGGCGUGUAGGGAACGAUGUACCACAGGAAGCUUGCCAGCAACUUAUCUACCAGUAUAACGUACCCUCACCUUGCUGGGAGGCUUCAGGUUUUCUCAGCAGAAAAUCCCUAAGCUUUGCUCUCAAAUUUUCCUGACCCUGUCAGUCACUUAAGAACUGAAGAAUUGUUAAUGAGAAUUGCCACACAGUUUGGAUAGCCUCCCCCUGCCUGGUGAUUGGGCUGUGAGGCUCAUCAGCAUCCGUUAGAGCAAAUUUAAGUGAACAAAGUCCUUGCCACUACAUUCUUACAUUAAAGGAUUAACCAGA